AUGAAAUCCGGGGAGGUGCUUUCUGCGAUUCUUUUGAUAAGUGGUUUUGGCUUGUGCAUUACAGCCGCCUCCUUGCUUAGCUGUAUCGACUCAAAGUGCAAAGAUUGCUGGUGUAAAAACACAACAGAAGUUCAAGGGGUUAUUCUGUUGAUUGUAGGAACCGCGCUUCUAGGAGUCUACGGAGCAGCAGCUGCAAACGAAGAUAAAGUCACUCAUUUUCUCCGCUCAACCAUUUUAAGACCAAAGAAAUCGAAGCAAAGAAUAGAAGAACAGCAAGAGCAAGAUGGAAUGAUUCAAGAAGAAACUGAAUGGGGAGAAUCUGACUGUCUUCAAGCUGGCUGCUGCUGGAACAAUGAUGUCACCGAAAUCGCCUAUCGAUGCACGAAAAACGACGAAGAUGCUCGAAGAAGCCUCGAAGCGCGAACGACCAAUACAAAUUAUACCGACAUUUUGGCUGAAGUGAUCGCCUAUCACGACUCCAGAGCUGUCUGGGCUGUUCCUUUCUACACCUCAAUUCCUUUCGUCAUCAUCGCUGCGUUCAAUUGGAUCAAGAAUAUUUACCAAGAUUGA